AGUCUCGUGUGUUUACGUGGAUAACAUGGCGGCGACUAUGUGGCUGUCGACUCGAGUCAGCAUUUAGCCGAGUGUGAGAAUCCGACGCGGUAUUGGGGCCAAGGAUUAGACUGAAUUUAAUGUUCACAUCCAGCCUGAUUUAAAAACUUGGCUCAUACUCAGCGGCAUUUCGCAUGAAGCCUGUUUCUUUCUCCCCCAGCCACCGGGACAACAGUUAUGGAAGACGAGGAGCGUCAGAGAAAGCUAGAGGCCGGCAAAGCAAAGCUUGCUGAAUACCGGCAGCGCAAAGCCCAGUCUGACGGCCAAAAGAAGCAGAAAAAGAAGAAAAAGAAGAAGGAUGCAGACGAGGAGGGAACGAGGGAUGAGGCCGGAGAGCAGGAGGAGGGAGGAGGCGGAGGAGCACCCCCCCACACAGAGUUCACCUUCGCUCGCACCCUCCGCAGAGGAGAGACCGUCAAGCACGACCAGCACUACACAAUAGAGCCUGAAAGUGAGGUGUCCACCACUGCCGAAGACUACUCCACUGAGGUGAAUGGCUGCGUGGAGACCACAGAGAAAGCCAUGGAGGCUCCUGGACUCUUAAUCUGGGAGGAGGAUCUUCGCCAGUCAGUAGUAACUCCGUCCGACCAGGACCCGGACCAAGACCCGGACCCGGACCCGGACCAGGAUCUGCUACUGGGCUCUCCUCCUCUGGGCUCCUCUCCUCCUCCUCGUCCUCCUCCGGUGCGGGAGCGAGGCCUGGGGAGGCGUCAGGGGGACAUGGAGGAGGAGUUGGCGGCCAAGACCCAGGCCCUGGAGGACCUGACCAGGGAACUGGAAGACAUCCGGGCCGCCUACGGAACCGAGGGCGUGCAACAGCUGCAGGAGUUUGAGGCGGCUCUGAAGCAGAGGGACGGCAUCAUCACCCAGCUGACCUCCAACCUGCAGCUGGCUCGCAAGGAGAAGGACGAGGUCAUGAGGGAGUUCCUGGAGCUCACCGACCAGAGCCAGAAACUCAAGAUACAGUUCCAACAGCUCCAGGCAGGUGAGUGUCUGCGUAACAGCAGCCACAGCAGCACGGCGGCGGACCUCCUCUCCGCGCGUCAGCAGUUGGCGCAGUAUCAGCAGCAGCUGGAGGAGCGGGACGCCGAGGUCAAAGGUCACGAGGAGCGCAGCCAGCAGCAGCAGCAGCACAUCAGCCAGCUGGAACAGCGUCUCACACACAUGCACACGACGGGGUCCCAGGCGGAGGAGUCUCUGGCAUUGAGGCUGCAGGAGAAGGAGGUGCUGCUGGCGGAGCAGAAGAGGAGCAUGGCGGAGCAGGAGGUCACCCUUGCCCUCCUCCGUGAGGAGUUGUCCACCUCCGGGCAGCAGAGAGCAGGGCUCAGCCAGCAGCUCGCCUCCAGCACCCAGGAGCUCCAGACCGCCAAGACAGACCUGGAGAGGACGCAGAUGGAGGUUGCGGGCACCAAAUUUGACCUUGACAGAAUGAAGACAGAGUUUGAGAAAACUCAGGUCGACCUUGAGAGGAGAAAUGGUGAGUUUGAGAAAACUCGGGCAGAACUUGAAAGAACCAUGGCUGAGUUUGAAAGAGCUCAGGUGGACCUGGAGAGAGCCAAGAGUGUGGCGGAGAGGACUCAGGGUGACCUUGACAGAAGCUUGGUUGACCUUGAAAGCACUAAGACUGAGCUUGAAAGGGUCAUGCGAGAGUCACAGAGCAGCAAGGAGCUCCUUGACGGCAGUAGCAGAACCGCAGAGUACGAGAGCCUCAAAAUGGAACUGGAAAACAACAAGGAAGAGUACGAGAGCUUGAAGAUGGAACUUGAGAACAGCAAGGAACAGUAUGACAAUUUGAAAAUGGAACUGGACAACAGCAAAGACGAGUCCGAGAUUCUGAAAAUGGAAAUUGAGAAUCGCAAAGACGACUAUGAGAGCUUAAAAAUGGAACUUGAGAACAGCAAAGAAGAGGUGGAGAGCUUUAAAAUGGAACUGGAGAACAGCAAGGAGGAGCUGGCCAGCAACAGGGUGGAGAUGGACAGUAACAGGGUGGAACUUGACGCAAACGAGGCUGAACUCGACAGCCUGAGGGUGGAGCUAGAGAAUCUGAAGAUGGAACAUGAGCGCAAAAGGGCGGAGCUGGAAACAGAGCUUGACACCAGUAAAGCGGAGCUAGAGAGCAGUAAGGUGGAGCUCUCGUCGUCGCGCCAGAAGGAGCGCCUGUCGUCGGCGGAGAUCCAGCAGCUGAUGGGCGCCGUGGAGGACUUGCAGCGCCGCUGUCACCGUGGCGACAUGUCGGAGAGUGAAUUGGUGCAGCGGGCAGAGGAGGAGGGAGCGCGGCGUCUGGAGCUGCUGCGCGGCGAGCUGGACGAGAUGUACGGGGAGCAGAUAGUCACCAUGAAGCAGGAGCUGCGACUGCAGCACGCCGCCGAGCUCCAGCGCGUCACGCAGCAGCACGCGGAGGAAGUGGAGCGCAUGAAGCUGAGCUGCGGCGAGGCCAACCAGCUGAGCGCCCGCCUGGUGGAGCUGCAGCAGAAGCUCCAGGAGUCCUCCGUGCUGCGGGACCGGGCCUGCCAGGACGCGGAACACCUCGGCCAGGAGAAGCUCGCCCUGCAGGAGCGCGUCAAUGCCCUCCUCCAGGAGCUUGACGCUGCACGCAAGACUGCCGCCGCAGCGGCGGCCGGCGCUCCGAGCAACGCACAAGAGCGGCACCAGGCCGAGGCCGCCAGCCUCCACGACACCGUCUCGGAGCUGCGGGCUCAGCUGGCGGAGGCCAUGGAGGCGUCGGUGGAGCAGCAGGCCAAGCACGAGGCGGAGGUGACCAACUACAGGAUCAAGCUUGAGAUGUUGGAGCGCGAGAAGGACGCCGUGCUGGACGCCAUGGCCGAGAGCCAAGAGGCGGAGCUGGAGCGCCUUCGCACCUCCCUGCUCUUCAGCCAUGAGGAGGAGCUGGGCAAGCUCAGGGAGGAGCUGACGCAGGAGAGCCAGCUCCACCAGGAGAACCUGCGCCAGGAGCUGCAGGAGCGGCACGCGGAGGAGGUGCGCAGGCUCGGCGGCUCCCACGACGCUCUGCUGCGGCAGGCGGAGCACGAGAAGGCCGACCUGGCGGAGGAGAGGGACGCGCUCCUGGGGGAGAUGGAGGCCCUCAAGGAGGAGUUGUCGCGCGCUGUGGCAGAGCCACCUGCACCUCCUGUGGCUCCUCAAAGGGCCUCCUCAGAGGAGGUGAUAGCCAUGACUGAGGAGAGACUCCGGGAGAUGCAGGGCGAGAUCCAGGAGCUGAGGGAGAGAGAGCGCGAGAGAGCAGAGGAGGAGGAGAGGAGGGAGGCGCUGCUGAGGGACAUGCAGGAGCGCCAGGAGAGCUGGGAGAACCAGAGGGAGGCACUGGAGAACCAGAAGGAGGCGUUGGAGGCAGACAAUGAGGAGCUGAAGCAGCAGCUGGACCUCAUGAGUGUGGAGCGCAAGGAGGCGCAAGACAAGAUGGCGGUGCUGUCCGCGGACAACGAGAGUGUGCGGCGGCAGGUGGACGAGCUGCAGCGGGAGGCGGAGCAGCAGAGGAACACCUUCUCCUUCGCCGAGCGCAACUUCCAGGUGAACUACCAGGAGCUGAAGGAGGAGUGCACAUGCCUGGCCCGCGAGAAAGCGGCGCUGGAGGAACGUGGCCGCCACGACACGCUGGACUACGAGGCCAAGCUCAACAGCCUGCGCUCCGAGAUCCAGGAGCUGCGAACCUGCGCCGCGCCUUCGCACAAACCUGCUACUGUCGCACAAGAUGGAGGCGCGUCGAUGGUGGAGAAGGACGCCACAGAAUUGAUGGAGAAACUCCAGACCUCAGAGAAAGAGAGGCAGCGUCUGGCCGAGGGGCUAAGAGAGAGAGAGGCGGGGCUUAAGGAGAAGGAGGUGGAGCUUAAGAAGAUGGAGGUGGAGCUCCGUGCCACACAGGAGGAGAUGAGGGCGGUCAGCGCUCGCAUGGCAGAGUUUGAGACGGACAGAGCAGCGGAGACGCUCACAGCGACAACUCUCUCGAGAGUUCAGAAGGAAUUAAACUCGGAGACGGGCAAGGCAGCAAAGAGGCGCGCGUCGACACCAACGAAAGUCCAAGAAGCGCUGGAUCUUGAGACGGACAGAGUAGCGGAGACGCUGACCGCAAUAGCGCUGUCGAAAGGUCAGGAGACGCUGGAAGCCGAAAGCGUUGCGGAGAGGCUGAGCGCAACGGUGCUAUCCAACGUGAAGGAAACACUACUUCAAAUGCAACAACAGCAACAACAAAAACGUCAAGAAAAACGACAAAAACAGCAACAACAAAAGCAACAACAACGGUCCCCAGCUCCGUCCAACGUUGAGCCGGAUACAGACCGAGUAGCAGAGACUCUGACCACAACAGUGCUGUCAAAGGUCAGGGAGACUCUACUUCAAAUGCAACAGCAACCGUCACCACAAUCGCCACCACCUCCAUCCUCAUCCUCCACCUCUUCUAGCCAGCUCCCCCAGGCGUCCACCGCCCCUGCGCCAGCCAAGGGCUCCCUGUGCGGGGAAGAGGAGCAGACACAGACGCCACGGCCCCUGGCCUCCCUGGAGAGCGAGCUGGAAUCGCUGCAGAGCCGUCUGCAGGCUGCAGAGCAGGAGAGGAGACGCGCGGAGGAAGAGAGGGAGGAAGAGAGAAGGAGAGAGGAGGAGCAGCGCUUUGCCCUGCAGCGAGAGAAGGACAAACUUGCAACGCUGCUGCUGCAGAGAGAACAAGAACUGGAACAAGCACAGCAGCAGCAGCAGCCAGUCUCGCAGGCACCUGUUGAGCGGCAGAGAGAGAGGGAGAGUGAGCGGCGCGCAACCCUCCCCUCUUCCACUGCUCCCCACUCCUCCUCCUCCUCCAUCCCCCUUUCUCCUCUCUCUGCUGCUGCAUCGCAGCCAGUGCAGAGCGAACAGCAGAGGCAGAGGCAGCAGCAGCAGCAACAGGAGACGGCCACAGAACAGACACUCAGCACACUGCAGAAAGAAGAGGGAGAGAAGCAGAGGAAGGAGAAGGAGAAGGAGGAGGAGGAGGAAAAGGAGGAACAGGAGGAGGAGGAGGUGGAGGAGAGGAGAGAGGGCAGCCGGAGGAGGGGAGGAGGGAAGAGGAGACGACGGGGGAUGCAGAAACGCCAAGAGAGGAGCGGAGACAUCAAGCAGGAGGAGGGCAGCAGCAGUGUGAGUGUAGACGGCGGCAGCAGCGGGGGCGGCCAUGGGCACGGCCAGACCUCUUCAUCCCCAAUAUCAUCAUCAUCCUCCUCCUUCUCGGCUGCCGCUCCCCGUGGGUCCGUGGCCAUGCAUCCAGCUGCUGGAGACCACACUGAGUGUAUGCUCCAGCUUGAGGCCCAGCGGUUAAGCCUGUCCCAGAUACAUGAGGCCCAGUUGGAGCUGGAGAGGGAGAGGCUGCAGCAGCAGGCCCAGCAGCGCCUCCACAGCAUGGAGCAGGAACUGCAGCGGCUGCAGACGGCACAGACCGCUUACCAAGUGGAAACAGGAUCUGUGAAAUACCAGAAUGUAAUCCAAGCCAUUUCAGAUGAAUGUAAACAGGUCAUCCAGUCCUUUGUUUCCUUACUGGGCGAGGAGCUGGUCCAGUCUCUCCCUGCUGAGGCUGAGGAGAAGGGGAGGAGAGGAUCCUCUGGAGUUGGGAGAGGGGAGAAGAAGAAGGAGAAGGGGAGGAGAGGAGGCCCCACCUCUGCCCAGAGCAGGCCUACCGACCCCGGAGCACUGUUACAGGAAGCCAAAGAUCUGUGCAAUAGUCUGUACCAGCUGAGGGACAACAUCACCCAGGAGUACACUGGGCUUCAGGAGCUGCAGACCACACUCAAGGACCAGGGACACAAGGUGUCCUCGUUGCAGCAGGCCUAUGAGGAGCUGAAGAGGACGAGUGAAGAAGAGAUCUCUGACCUGAGGACUCGGCUCCACUCUGGCACCACAGCACUGGAGCAGGGUGCUGCUGAUCACACUGAGCUUGAUCAACGAAAGCAGGCCCGCACCCAAACCCAAACUGCAGCCCCGACCAAGAGCGACUCCAGCUCCGGUUCCGGCGCCAUUUCCGAUUCCGAGACCUUGUCUGCGCAGCGUCUGAGGGAGGAGUUCCGCGAGCAGCAGGCCCAGCUGGAGCAGCGCCACCUUGUGGAGAUAGAGCGCCUGCGCACCUACUACCAGCAGCAGGCCGAGGAGACGCAGGAGCGAUACGCCACCGAGCUGAUACUGCUGCAACAGAAGAUACACGAGCUCUCGGAUACACCACUGCCCUUCAGCUUACCGAGUGGCAAGGGGCACCCACCGCAGAGACGAGAGGAAGGAGAAGACUACAAGCUGGAGGAGCAUGAAGAGGAGGCAGCAGCAUCAGUGAGAUCCUCAUCAGCAUCCUCCUCAGUUGUGUCGGCCUCGUCCUCCUCCGCUGGUCUCCCUGAGCAGUUGGCGUCUCUCCGCCAGGCUCUGUCCCACAAGUACCUGCAGGAGGUGACCGCCCUGAAGGAGCAGCACCGCGCCGAGCUGGAGAGACUACGGCGGGGGAGACGCGCCGGAGAGGAAGACGAGGAGGAGGAGGAGGAAGGAGAGGAGACCCAGCGGCACUCUGUGGUCAACGGAGAGCUGCAGAGGAGGCGAGGAGAGAAGCUGACCCACUCACAGGAGAGCAUGGAGGAGGAGGUUGCUAAGGUCAUAGUUCAGAUGUCAGUUGAGUUUGCUCAGCAGUCUGAGUUGUCUCGUCUGGCUAAGCAGCUGGAGAAUGAAGAGGAGAACGAAGACGAGCAUAUGCAGUACCUGCUGAGGAGGCAGAGCCAGGAGCUGCAGGAGCUGAGGGAACAGCUGAGGACGUCAGCAGCACGCGGCCCACAGCCGGCCCAGACACGGCUACCACCCAUCACCAUAAAGGAGGAUGAGGAGGAGGAGGAGGAGGAGAAGGAGGAGGAGAUGUCCUGGAGGCGGUCGGCUAGGAGUAGCCGGGGAGGUGAUGAGGAGGACCAGACAAAGGAGGAGGUGAGCGUGUGUUCUGGUUCGGAGGUGCUGCUUGAGGAGCUCCAGAGGGAGCUUGGUCUUCAGGAGGAGGAGCACAGGAGAGCCCUGGAGGAGCUGAGGGAGACGCACGCACGCCAACUGGAGGAGCAGAGAGACCAGCAGACACAGCUCAGCACACGCCUGCAGAGACUACACACACAACUACAACAGAGAGAGGCCGCGGAGAUGAGAGAGGAGGAUGGAGAGAGCGGCAGAAGAGGAGGGAGAGGAGCGUCACAGACGAUCGCCACACAGACAGAACAGCGCCUGCAGCAGGGAGAAGAGGAGGAAGAGAAGGAGCAGGAGGAGGAGGAGGGGAGGAAGGAAAAGAGGAGCGGGAAGAGGAGAGGAAGAGGAAGACGAGAGAAGGCCUCAUCCGGAGUGACCUCCCCCGAGCCCCAAGAUGCAUCAUCACCUGACGUCAACGCAGAGAGGAACCUGCUGCGCAAGGCCAACGAGCGCCUGCGUCAGGUCUUGAGUGACGUCCUGAAGACAACGGUGGCGGCUGAGGAGACAAUCGGGCGUCAUGUGGAGGGACUACUACUGGACCCAUCCAGCAGAGGGCAGCACCCCACAGCAGCAGCAGCAGCAGCAGCAGCAGCGCAGCAGCAGCCUCCACACAGGCCCACAUGGCAGAAACCACCUGAGGGCUUCAAACCAUACAGCACACACUCAGCUGGAGCAGGAGACGGCUCAUCAGACAGUUGCCAUGGCAGUGAGACGGCGGUGUCGGCAGGUGACGACGCGGCGAGCGUGUGGUCGGGAGAGACGGAGGUGGACGAGGGACUGGAGAUGUCACAGCAAAUGGCCGAGGGCUCACUGGCCAGGGCAGCAGGAAAAGGAGCAGCCGGAGAUGGAGACGUCUCGCUGGAGAAUGAGGAAUACCUGGCAACCCUCAGCUCACGCCUGCAGGCUGCCGUGGAAACCCUGCUGCUGGCCAUCACCGACACCACAAACCAGUUGGAGCAUGCGCGUGUGACCCAGACAGAGUUGAUGCGGGAGUCUUUCCGCCACAGUGAGGAGGUGCAGGAUCUGCUGAGGAGGCAGGAGGAGCUGCAGGAGAGGCUGGGGGAGGAGGCGAACGCCCGCGAGCAGCUGGCCCUCGAACUCACCAGGGCAGAAGGUUUGAUUGACGGCUACACGGGUGAGAGGGCGGGCCUUGAGGCUCAGGUGCGUCUGAAGGAGGAGCUUCGUCAGCAGCUGGAGCAGGAGCUGCAGGUGACGUCGAGCCGGCUGGCGGAGCUGGAGGAGGAGAGGCACCACAUGCAGCAGGAGAGAGAGCUGCUCACGCGGCAACAGGAUGCCAUGAAGGACCAGGCCGGACCCCGCGAGCUCCGACUAGUUGAGGCUGCAGUCCUUGCAGCUCCUGAAGCAGACCUGCUGGAGGAGACUGAGAAGUUGAUGAAGGAGAAGGUGGACGUGCAGCGCCAGGCUGAGAAGGAGAGCAGUGCUCUGCAGCGGCACCUGAAGGCGGUGGAGUGCGAGCUGGAGGAGCAGACCAAUCGGCUGAUUGAGACCGAGCAGGCCCACGGCGCCGAGACGCACGACCUCCGCCAGCAGAUACAGGCGCUUGAGAAACAGCUCGACAAGAACCGCAAGUUCCUCGACGAGCAAGCAGUAGAUCGUGAGCAUGAGCGUGAUGUUUUCCAGCAGGAGAUCCUCAAACUGGAACAGCAGUUGAAGAAUCCUCCCAAAUCUCAAACCGCCAGCGAACAACGAGACCGAGAGGUGGAGAGCCUGCGUUCCCAGCUGCAUGAGAAGUCUGACUGGUGCAGCGAGCUGCUGCUGAGGGGAGAGCAACUGGAGAGAGAAGCAGCCGAGAGAGACGAGGAGCUGGAGAGGCUGGGGGAGCGCGUACGCCAACUAGAACAAGCCCUGCUCUCCAGCACCGAACAGGUGGAGGAGUCCAGGCAGCAUGCCCCCAUGACUGAGUCGGAUCGCCAUGGCAACAGGCAGCAUGCCCCCAUGGGUGAUGCAGAGCGGCAUCAUGGCUCCUUGGAGGCCCAACUGCAGACCGAGAGAGAAGCUCUGGACAGGAAGGAGAAGGAGAUCUGCAACCUGGAGGAACAGCUGGAGCAGUUCCGUGAGGAGUUGGAGAACAAGAGUGAGGAGGUGCAGCAGCUCCACAUGCAGUUGGAGAUCCAGAGAAAGGAGAUCACCAGCCAACAGGAAGAGAUGGAGGCCAAGGCUCAGCUGAUGGAGGUGGUGGAGCUGAAGGAUAGGGAGAUGGCCCUGCUCACCGAGCAGCUGGCCAAGCUCCAGAACAUGGAGGUGGCCCCCGACAACAAGGUGAUGGAGCAGCGUGGUGAGCAGGUUCUAGAGCUCGAGUCCCAGGUGGAGAUCCUCCGGAGCGAGCAACAGCGGCUCAAACGCAGCAGCGAGGAGGAAGUGGACCAGCUGCACGCCGUCAUCGAGAAGCUGCAGCUGGAAAUAGCCAACAUCGGGCACCAGCGGCCACCGCACCCCGGGGAGGAAGAGGAAGAUGAUGAGGAAGAUGAAGAUGAGCAGAGGGGCAGCUUCCGCAAGGACGAGCUGCACGAGAUGAAGCAACGCAUGGACGAGGUGUCCCGGGAACUGCACACCCUCAAAGACGAGCACCGCGAUCUGCAGCUGCGCUAUGGCACGCUGGUGGAGGCGGGGGCGUCUACGGAGCGCACCACGGGCCUCCUGCAGGAGGCGCUGUGGGAGAAGACUGCCUCCCUGGUGGUGGCCCAGGCUGAGGUGCAGGCCCUGGAGGAGAGCGCCAGCUCCCGCGUGGAGGCGCUCACACACCAGGUGGUGGAGCUGGAGGCCAGCGUCCAGGAGAAGGACCUGGAGCUGGAUGUGUGUCGGGUGAAGGUGGAGCGUGCCCAGUCGGAGGCGUCAGGGCUUCAGCAGCGGAUCGUCGAGCUGGAGGAGAGGCUCCGGGAGAAGGUGGCCGCAGUGCUGGCCAGCCAAGCCCAACUGGGGGCACUGCAGACCCAGACCAAAGAGGAGGUGGAGUUUGAGGAGCUGGGUGGUCUGACGUCUAUGGGGCCGAUGGGGGAUUACCAGCUGCCCAACUUCAGCUUCUCCCCCAUGCCAUCCGCCAGUCUCAGCCACGCCACCGCCUCCACACACACAAGAGGCAAGAUGGGCUUCCUCACCGAGAAGCUGAGAGAACUGGAGGUGGGCCUGUGUGGUAUGCAGAAGGACCAGGAGCUCCAGAAGCAGCUGUUGUCCAGCUCUGAGGAGGAGGUGAUGGAGUACGAGAGGAGGCUGGCUGUGCUCAUGGAGCUACUCAACCAGAUGAAGACUAAACCCAGGGCCACACUCUCACAGGCUGGGGGCAGUGAGGCGUCUGAAGCGUCGAUAUCUGAGCUGGUCCAGGAACUGCGUGAGGCCCAGGAGAAGGCCAGAGCUGCUGAAGAGGAACUCACUGGCUUCAGACAACACUCACACCAACUACAGCAGGAGAUACAGAUCAAAGAUUUAUCAAUAUCCCAACUACAGGAGGACCUCAAGGAGGCUUCAGAAGGAGGUGCUGAGCAGGUGGCCAGUGGGUCAGGUGUUGUGGUGCAGGAGCUGCGUGAGGAGCUGUCUAAGGUGCGGAAGGACGCCUCCUCAGCCAAUCAGGAGCUGAGUCUCCUCAGGGAGCGUAGCGACACUCUACAGGAGGAUCUGCUGGCUCGAGAGAUGACUAUAGCACAGCUGAAGGACAAGCUCUAUCGGGCGUCGGGUGGUGGUGACGAGGGCUCGGUGUCUGAGCUCCUCCAGGAGUUGCAGGAGGUGCGUGAGGAGGCCUCCUCCACCAAAGAGGAGCUCAACAGCUACCGGGAGCGCAGCGAGAAGCUUCAAGAGGAGGUGCAGCAGAGGGACGCCUCCAUCAGCCAACUACAGCAGGAGGUGCACAGGCUGCAGACAACACUGGCCACGUUGGAGGAGCGACAGGCUGAUGAAGCCAGGCAGGCCCUCAAGUCUCCACCACAAGGUCUGAAAUCUCCACCACACAGCCUCAAAUCCCCACCGCAACAGCAGAAGAAAUCGCAGCAGCAGCAUCCGCCUCCUUCGCAGCCAAAGAGAAAGGGAAGCAAGCCGGAACAGAAGGGUAAAGGAGGCAGCAGCAGCGGUGGCGAUGGAGGAGGAGGAGUAGGGAAGGACAAGCCCCCUCUCUCCAGGAAGAGUUCUGCUGCCGCACUGUCCGAGAGAUCCCUCUCCACCUCCUCCUCCAACGGCACCGGAAGCCGGCGUUCAAGCGGCGCGCCUCAGGACAUGUGUGCUGACGCGGCUACGCAGACGGAUCUGAUGCCUACGGACACUACCUCUUCCACUCCAGGGAUGUCCCAAGCAUCGGCCUCAGAGGAGGUGGCGGAGGUGAUCGGCGAGUACCAGGAGAAGAUCGUGCAGAUGCAGGAGCUCCACGCAGCCGAGAUCAUGGACAUGGAGACCCGGCACAUCUCCGAGAGCGACGCCCUCCGAAGGGAUGUACAGGUGUUGGAGGAUGAGUGCAAAACCCUCAAGGCCGUCAUCGACAAACUACGGUCCAGCUCAGAGGCAAUGUCGUCCAGGCAAGAGCAGAGUGUCGGACCUCAAUUCAAAGAUGGAUACACUAGUGACAGCAGUUCAGACUGGAGCCAGCGUACGGGCUUGGAGCAUCAUCAGGAGAUGAGGUCCACACCCGAGGGGGCCCGACGAGACGCAGAGGGAGACGCACACCUGCCCGACCGGAUCAAGAGCUUGUUGCGUGAGGUGCACCAGGAGGGCAUGCAGGUGUUGUCUCUGUCCGAGCUGCCGUUGGGCAUGGGUGGCGUAGCGGAGGGGGCCGAGAUGGGCGUUGGGGUUGGUGCCCCUGCCCACCUGAUGCCCCCCGGUGCCCUACAGGGCUGGUCUAAGGAGCGCGAGGCUCUACUGGGCACCGUGGAGGCCCUCAAGGGGCUGCUGGCCAAGAUGCAGACGCACACAGAAACACAGGGUGACUGGCGAGCGGAUCUUCUAGGUGCAGUUCAGCAGGUGUUCCAGUGUGAGCGGAACGUGCUCAAGAGCGCCCUCUACAGUCAACUGGAGAUGCUGGACACCAGUGACGCAGUCAUAUACCUCAACCAACUGGAACACAGGCUCAAAGAACAGGACACACAGCACAGGGAGGCCAUGGGAGCUCUGCACGCGGCCGACAGGAGCAGUCUGCUGUCCGAGGUGUCGCAGCUCCGCGCCCAGAUGGAACUCCUGGGGGGCACCAGAGAGACCGCCGCCACAUCCCCGUUCCCAUGGCAACAGGCAUCAGGGGCUUGGGCUGGUCCUGUUUCUGGUCCGGAUGUCACCGCUGCUGGUCCUCACCAGCAGGAGCAGGAGAGAGGCAGGACACAAGCCGGCGGACACGCACAGGCUCCAGGACUGCAGACUGGAGCAACACAGCCUGGACAAAUGGCGUCUGGAGGGGUGGUGGUGUCCCCUGGAGAUGCACAAACUGCUGUUUCUGGAGGUCAGGAACAUCAACAUCAGCAUCAGCAUCAGCAUCAGCUGCUGGAGGAGAUGAAGGCGGAGCUGGCCCAGACCAAACUGGAGCUGGAGACCACACUGAAGGCCCAGCACAAACACCUGAAGGAACUGGACACACUCAGGUCUGAGUUGACCCAGAAGGCUGGUGAGGUGGACUCCCUCAGCGACCGGCUGGCGGAGGAGCAGAGAGGAGCGAGGGAGCUGCAGUGGGCUCUGGAGAAGGAGAAGUGCCGCUCAGACAAGAAGGAGGAAGGAGAGCGCGAGGAGAUGGAGGACCUGAAGCUGGCCCUGAGUGAGCAGCAGGCGCGCGUGUCAGAGCUGAGCUCCCGUCUGGAGGAGGAGCAGCAGCAGGCGUCUCGGCUGAGGACCCAGAGCCAGGAGACGCAGCGGCAGCAGGAGGCGCAGCUGGCACAGCAGCACAGCAGGGCGAAAGAGCUGGAGGUGCAGCUGGAAAGCCAGCAGGCCAGAGCUGAUGAACUACAGGGGGCGCUACUGAGGGAGAGGGAGGUGGGGGCUCAGCUACGUCACCAAGCAGCAGCCAGCAGCCAAUCACAGACCAGCACCUCUCCCGCCGCCGCUGCUGCAGACAGCCCAGACGCUGCCUCACCUGAGGGAGUCACUCGGGCGGAGGAGGGAUGCACUCAGGUGGAGGCAGCGGUUAGCUCCAUGGAGUCCAUGCUAGCGUCCAUGCAAGCGGAGGUGGAGGUGAAGCAGGGCCGCGUGGUCCAGCUCCUGGGGGAUCUGGAGGCCCAGAGGCUGGAGACGGUACAGCAGGGAGCUCGCUGGAACGCCGAGAGGGCAGACAUGGCACAGCGCACUGCUCAGGACCAACAGGCCCUUGAGGAGGUGCGUGGGGAGCUGGAGAGGCUUGCUGUGCGUCUGGAGGAGGCUGAGGGCCGUCUGGAGGGCGAGAGGGAGCGAGGUCAGCGGCUCGAGAGGGAGCGCCAGAGACUACAGGAGAGAGUGGAGGAGCUCAGCCAGGCCGCCGCCAACGCAGCACCCAACCAACACACGGCGUGGCGCGAAGGUGAGAUGGGUGAGGUGGUGGGUGGCGACCGCACCAGAGACUGGGUCCUGCAGCAGAAGAGCGAUAACGGCCUGACCAUCCACUCCAGCACGCCCUCCAUACACGAGCAUCACGGCCCCACUGGCACCCCGGCUGCUGUUGCUAUAGCAACGGAGGCCAACAUCAGCACCAGUGGCAGCGGAGGAGCCAACAUGGACGCUGUGGUGCAAAGACUACAGCUCAUCGCCAGCAAGAUCAGGGGCAUCACCAGUGACGCCAGCAACAGGUUGUCUGGUGACGAGGUGAGCAGGGAGUCUCUGUCGUGGCUGCAGGGUAACGUUAAUGACGUCAUCACCAUGCUGCAGCAGAGCCCUCUUCCACUGGCCACCACUCCUGCCCCUGAGGGCUCCCCUACGCUGGUGGGCGGCGGCAGCUCGGCGGUGUUGACGGAGCGCCUGUUGCGGCAGAACGCCGAGCUGACGGGCUUCGUGAGCCGCCUGACGGAGGAGAAGAACGAGCUGCGGAACCAGCUGCUACGCCUGGAGGACGAACUCAGGAGACUACGCCUCAGGGGACUAGCAUCCGACAGUUCGAGCAGGAAGGGUGACGGUCAGGAGCUGGCAGUGUUGGGAGUGGAGCGAGAGGCGUGGGGUCGCGAGAGGUCGCGCCUGGAGAAGAGUCUACGCCACGCGGAGGCAGAGGUCACCAGACUGAAGGGAGACAUGCGCAAUGACACCUUACGCGACAUGAGCGGCCCGGACAGCGACAACAUGGCACUCAAGCGUAUGUACGGGCGAUACUUGCGAGCGGAGAGUUUCCGCAAGGCCCUGGUGUACCAGAAGAAGUACCUACUGCUGCUGCUGGGCGGCUUCCAGGAGUGCGAGGAGGCCACGCUGGCCCUGAUCGCCCGCAUGGGGGGACACCCCUCGCCCGCCUGCAUCGAGACCAUCAGCCACCGGCGCAGGGGCUUCACGCGCUUCAGAUCCGCCGUCAGGGUCUCCAUCGCCCUCUCCAGGAUGCGUUUCCUGGUGAAGAGAUGGCAAAAGGCCACGGGUUCGGGAUCCGGAUCAGGAUCUGGCACUCUAGCCACCCUGUCAUGUGUCAACAGGAACGGACUCAGCCAGACCACAGGUGUGGAGGGGAGGCAUGAGUCUGCGUUCCUGCACCCGGGCGGGGUGGAGGUGUUUGGGGAGCGACGUGGCGUCAGCAGGGGCAGGACCGGCAGAGACUCCCCACGAGGCAGCACCCUCUCCACCCAGCAAAGGUACCAUGGCAUUUCGUGUGAGCCAGGUGGGGGGGGCACCCCCUGCUCCCAUCUGCUGAACUACGACCCUGACCGCGCCCUCACAGACUACAUCGCACGCCUGGAGGCCCUACAGAGGCGACUGGGCAGCGUGCAGUCAGGGACUUCAUCUUACGCUCAAUUGCACUAUGGAAUAAGAAGAUAAUAUAUACUCUUGACUUCUAUAGAAGAUAAUAUAUACUCUUGACUUUUAAAUUUUGAACGGGCUUGAAAAAAACAAAACAAGAGGAGAAAGGAAAUGAGAUGACAUGACUACUCACUCGAUUCAACUCAGUUGCCUUUUCUUGUGCUGCGCUGCUGCUGCUGCUGUGUUUUGUACUCUACAUCAUGACGAGGCUGUUUAAGUAAUGUGUACUUCAUCAUGACGCCGUUAUUUAAGAAAUGUAAACUCAUCAUGGCGAGUCUAUUUAAGUAAUGUAAACGCAUCAUGGCGAGUCUAUUUAAGUAAAUGUAUGUCGACUCUGUGGGACCAAAUCCAUCCGCUCAUUUGAUUUCCACGUCCGUACGCAACAACAGACCGCUCUCCGACGGUCGCCAGCACCAGAAACCGCUUCUCAACGUGUGAACAUUUGUCUGCUUUAUUCUUAUUCCUCUUAUUACUGUUAUUAUAAUUAUUAUUAUCUGUUGUGGAUGGAAUUAUAUGAUUACAAUCAUGUUUUUUGUUUUUCUUCCCUAAAUGUAUAUUUGUGGUAUGCUAAUUUAAGAGAAUCCUGUUUAAUUUAUAUCCUGUGCGAUGUCUGUAUGUAUGGUGUGGGUGGGGGGCGUUGGGGUGGCACAUGGGGGUCGGUGGGACUUUUUGUUGUGACUGGAGGCUGCUACUUACCUAGCGGUUAGUUACCAGCUAGUUGGACUGCUACUGACUUAGCGGUUGGCUACUAGUUAGCCGGACUGCUACUGACCUAUCGGGUUAGUUACAAGUUAGACGGACUGCUAAUGAACUAGCAGUUAGCCGCCAAUGGGACUGGACUGUUGUAUACACACUACACUGUGGCUGGACAGCAUGGCGUCUCGAGACUACAGGCUACAGAUAUGAGGGCAAUUUGUAGUAGAGGACAUAUUUUUGUAAAAGGGGCUAGGAUCUUUGAAUUUUAUGGGUAUUUUGUCAACCAUUGAAAUAAAGAUUAAUAUAAUAUUUAAAAAAUCAAGUCUUGUGUUUUUUUGUUUUGUUUGUUUUUUCAAAGGAUUUCAUUACAUGAAAUUCAUAUGUAGGCCUAAACUUUCAGUACAUCACCAGAGCAGUCCAAGAUCGUUUUAUUACUCCAGUGUUUG